GAUUUCUAUACUUUGGGGUAAAAUAAAUAUCGCGAAAACACGCGAGAUUCAGUGACGCAAAGCAGCGAGAGAGUUCAUCGAUAAAAUUUAUUUUACGUUAGUUACAAUAAGAUGACAGACGUCAGUGACUUAGACAGACAAAUUGAGCAGCUUCGCCAGUGUAAAAUAAUCAAAGAAAGUGAAGUGAAGUCACUAUGUGCAAAGGCACGUGAAAUACUUGUAGAGGAGAGCAAUGUACAAAGAGUUGAUUCACCAGUCACAGUAUGUGGAGAUAUACAUGGCCAGUUUUAUGACUUGAAGGAGUUGUUCAAAGUAGGUGGAGAUGUGCCGGACACUAACUACCUAUUUAUGGGCGACUUUGUUGACAGAGGAUUUUACAGUGUAGAAACUUUUCUACUUUUAUUAGCUUUAAAAGUCAGAUAUCCAGACAGAAUUACGUUGAUACGAGGGAAUCACGAGAGUAGGCAGAUAACACAAGUAUACGGUUUUUAUGAUGAAUGUUUAAGGAAAUAUGGGUCAGUAACUGUAUGGAGAUACUGUACAGAAAUAUUCGACUACCUUAGUUUGUCAGCCAUUAUAGAUGGAAAGAUAUUUUGUGUACAUGGAGGUUUAUCACCAUCAAUACAGACCUUGGACCAAAUACGAUCUAUAGACAGAAAACAAGAAGUUCCACACGACGGUCCAAUGUGUGACCUUCUCUGGUCAGACCCUGAAGAUAUGCAGGGUUGGGGUGUAAGUCCACGUGGUGCAGGAUAUUUGUUUGGUAGUGAUGUUGUCUCCCAGUUUAACACAGCUAACAAUAUAGACUUGAUAUGUCGAGCACAUCAACUUGUUAUGGAAGGCUACAAGUGGCAUUUUAAUGAAACAGUCCUAACAGUAUGGUCAGCCCCAAAUUAUUGCUACAGAUGUGGUAAUGUAGCGGCUAUAUUAGAACUAGAUGAACAUUUACAGAGAGAUUUUACUAUAUUUGAAGCUGCCCCACAGGUAUACUUUAUUAAGUAAACAAAUUUUGAUAGG